AUGUCCAUACACGACAAACAAGCGGGGAACUUCCUGAACUUGGUUCCCACCCACCAAGAACCUACUCCAGCCCCAACAAGCGAUGCCGAGGCAAGGCAAACAUUAUCAGCUGGGCCAUCUGAGGCCCAGUGGUUAUUCCAUAAGGAUAUCAUCAUAGGUCUCUAUAGGCACACAAACAUGAAACAGUUGCAAAAGGAGAUGGAGAGCCAGUACAUGUUUAAGGCAACCAAGCGGAUGUACGACCGUAGGUUCCGCAAGUGGAAUGUCGCCAAGAACCUCAAGCGGCCCGAAAAAGUCAAGAUGCUUCGAAAUCUGGAAGACAACCCAUCGGCCGGGUCUGCGGCAUCUCUACUUAGUCAACAUGAUUGGAACAAGAUUGCGAGAUUUCAGAGAUUGGAGGUACAGAAGAUCCAAAGGAUGAAAGAAGUACUGGCAGCAAGUAUUGAUGCACGCCGUUCUUCAAUUACUUCCCCGACACCAGUGCUCAUGAAGAGUCCGAGGGAUGGUAUCCAGCCGAGAACGACGUAUCGAAUACUCAGAAACGUCGAGAUCUGCUGCCAGAUUCAACUAGAAGACACAGCCAAACUUGGCUCGUAUGGUAACCUCGGUUCCGAAAGCCUUUCGGGGAGAACGCCGAGACUAUUCUGGGACAAAGUCAAGCACUCAAUCUAUUCGAGCAAGAAGGGCACAUCUCAACCCUCAACCGACGUAGUCGAGAGUCAAGUUCCAAUGACGAAUACUUCAUACGAGUCGUUUGACUUUGUUUGGGAACUCCUCGCCACACUCUCACCGGUCAACACGGCGUGCUGCAUCGAACUUCGACAAACUCUGCUUUCCCAGCUAUGGAUCACUAUUGCCAGCACAUUGCACGUCUCUCACCCAGUAGCUGAGCUAUGCGGCCUCCUCUAUCAAUGCACAGAAGCCAUCGAGGUAACAGACUCGGCUCUUCUCAAGGCUUGGAACCAUUUCGGUCGGAAACUGGGUUAUCUUCACCCAACUACCUGCCGGCUCCGCCGAUCCAUAAUCGAUAUAGCUCGGCGCGGAAGGAGACUCGACGCCGCUGAGAGCAUGGCGCAAGACCUAUUUGACAAGACAUGUUCGAACGGCCUGAAUUCAUACCUUGCCCGUUCAUGCGCUCGCAGCCUGUCCCAUGUCCUGAUGGCCUUGGGAAGAUUCGACGACGCUAGGAAUGUCUGCCAGGCCAUUGUCCACUCUACAACCCCAGUCAUGGAUCCAUGUAUGUAUGAUGAGCGUGCGACUCAGGCUAUGGAGGACUUGGCCGAGAUCGAACUACUGUCUGGUAAUGUGCUAGCGAGUCUCUGGAGCCUUCAGUUAGCCAGGACUGCUGCUGAGAGACUUUGGCCGGGAAGUGUGGCAUUACAGACAAUGGACGAGAAGCUGUCUUUGGGGUGUUACGCUCUCCUUUUGUAG